UGGGUCCAUAAAGGCAAAGGGUUUGACGGUAGAAAGGGGAAGGCAGCGCAGGCAGAUAACAUAAGAAGCGCACUGGCAACAGGGGAAGCAGAGAGAGCAGUGCAGGCUCAUCAUUUCAAGCCCAACAAAGCACAAAAAAUAAAAAGAAAAAGCGACUAAGAGAAAAAGAGAAAAAGAGAAGAACAAGGGUUUUGGCUUAGCGUUGAAGAGCAGGAUGCAGAGUGAGCAACAGAACAACCAGUUGGUAGUGCAGAAUUCGGGGAGCCUUAGCUUCAGCAGCCACUUGUCCAAGGAAGAUGAAGAGAUGUCAAGGUCUGCUCUCUCCACCUUCAAAGCCAAGGAGGAAGAGAUUGAAAGGAAGAAGAUGGAGGUCAGAGAAAAGGUUCAGCUUCAGUUGGGUCGCGUCGAAGAAGAAACUAAACGCCUUGCAACCAUUCGUGAGGAACUUGAAGCCCUGGCAGAUCCAAUGAGGAAAGAAGUUGCACUUGUUCGAAAAAGGAUCGAUUCCGUAAACAAAGAAUUAAAGCCACUGGGUCACACCUGCCAGAAGAAGGAGAAAGAAUACAAAGACGCCCUCGAAGCUUUUAAUGAAAAGAACAGGGAAAAAGUACAGCUAAUCACUAAGUUAAUGGAGUUGGUGAGCGAAAGUGAAAGAUUGAGGAUGAAGAAGCUGGAGGAGCUGAGUAAGAACAUAGAUUCGAUGCAAUGAUUUAGCCAACUGCUAAUGACUCUGAUUAGCAUUGUGUGGUAUAUUAAAGAUGACAUAGUAUAUUUUCAUAUGUAUGGGUGUUUUGUGUUUGUGUAAUUUUGUGGUGUUGAUGUUUGUUUAACUAGCAUUGCAUGGGACAAUCAGCUAAUUUAGGAGGGAUAUACCCUACAAACAGGCAGGCUUGUAACUAAAUACUUGCAUUUUCUUGUCAUUUUUUACCCUUCAAUUCACUUUUCUUUGCUUUGUUCUCCAUAAUUUAAUUUAUUCAUGUAAUUUGAAUUUUGUUGCCACGAAGGAUGGUUCCAACAUAGUUCUGUGUGUUUUGUUAUUA